AUGAAUCAUUUGCUUAACGAGUCACUUGGAGAAGGUUCAGUCAAGAAUAGAGAAUCUAAGAAGAAAGGGACAGGUAUAUUAAGAAGGAUGCAAGCCACGAAUCCAGAUUUGAAAAACGUCACUUUCAAUGACUAUGAGAAGUCCUUGUUAAGCUGUUUAAUUACACCAGAAGAUAUAUCUGUCACAUUUAGUGAUAUAGGUGGAUUGAAAGAUAUUAUAGAUGAAUUAAGAGAAGCAGUCAUAUUACCCUUAACGGAACCAGAGUUGUUUGCUGCACAUCUGUCGUUGGUACAAUCACCAAAAGGUGUAUUGUUUUAUGGACCUCCAGGCUGUGGGAAAACAAUGUUAGCCAAAGCAAUUGCUAAAGAAAGUGGCGCUUUUUUCCUCCUGAUUAGAAUGUCUACCAUUAUGGACAAAUGGUAUGGGGAAUCAAACAAGAUUGUAGAUGCUAUAUUUUCACUUGCCAAUAAAUUACAGCCAUGUAUUGUAUUCAUAGAUGAAAUUGACUCUUUUUUGAGAGAUAGAUCAUCUAAUGAUCACGAAGUGAGUUCCAUUAUUAAAGCUGAGUUUAUGACCCUAUGGGAUGGAUUAAUGUCCAAUGGAAGAAUCAUGGUUAUGGGUGCAACUAACAGGCGUGAGGAUAUAGAUCAGGCAUUUAUGAGAAGAUUACCAAAGCAGUUCCCUAUUGGAAGACCAGAUGCUUCCCAAAGAAGAUCAAUUCUCAGCAAGAUAUUGAAAGAUUCCAAGCUUGACGAAGAUGAUUUUGAUUUGGAGGCAAUUGUUUCGAAUACUAGAAGUUUCAGUGGUUCUGAUUUGAAAGAACUUUGCAGAGAAGCAGCCUUGAACUCUAUGAGAGAAUUCAUCAGAGAUAACUACAAAGACGGUAAAAAGUUAACUAAGGAAACUGAACCUGAAGACACACCCAAAGUCAGACCUUUAAGGACAAGUGAUUUCUUAAAAGGAUUCAGUGAAACAAUUCCAUCUUCUACUGUAGAUUGA